GUUGAGCAUUACUCGUACAGCUCAUACAGUAACAAUUACGACUUCUUAGUUUUAAGCCUUAGAAAAUCACUCAGUUAUAACAGCUAUGUAAUUUCUAUUUCGAUGGGAUCUGCUAGUACUGGUGAGUGGGUUACUGUAGCUGGACGGGGCGAGAAUCAUGAAGGUGGCCCAAAAUCGAAUCACCUUCAGAAGCUCACUAUCCCUAUCAUGAACGAUCCUGAUUUCAAGAAAGCUUACCCGAACGAAAUCUAUGAUUCUGUGCAAUAUGCUAGUUGUACGAUUAAAGCUGGCUUGGACUCUUGCUACGGAGACAGUGGUGGUCCGUUAACGCGAGGAACUGGUACAUUAGCUGUCCUUGUUGGAGUUGUUGGCUGGGGA